AUGUCUGUUGGUGUGGCCACAGACUGGAGAAGUUUAUUUGCGGCAGGUAACGAGCAAGAAUUGGACUUUUUUCCCCCGUCGGAGGCUGCGGGUUUGCUCGUGGUGAAACCUCCAAGAGAUGUGUUCGAGGAGGGUAUUUUGGAAUGGAGGCAUGCUCUGGUUGGGCAGUUCAUUGGCUCAACCUCUAACUUUGGCUUGUUGCAGAAAACAGUUGAUCUGAUGUGGGGCAAAGCCGCUCCGGUGAAGGUGAGCCUUGCCGGAUCCAACCUUUUUGUUUUCUCUUUCGAUAAUUCCUUGGCCAGGGACUGGGUUUUAGAAAAUGGUCCCUGGCAUGUACAGCAUAAGCCCCUCUUCCUCAGGAAAUGGGAACCGAAUUUGAAGGAGCUGCACUUUGAUUUGGAUCGUAUGCCAAUUUGGAUUCAACUCUUUAAUGUUCCUUUGGAAUUAUUUUCGAAGAAGGGACUCAGCUACAUUACUAGUGCUAUCGGUAAGCCCUUACACAUGGACUCCAUUACUGCUUCUAGAGCGAGACUUGAGUAUUCUAGGGUCUGUGUUGAAAUUUCGGUUGGCUCGAAAAUUCCAGAUUUUGUUGAUGUGCUUCUUUAUGAUGAGUCUGUAGUGAGAAUUAAGGGUGUUAUUGACAACAGUCUAGCUGGAUUGGAGGUGAUGAGUGAUGGUGUUGAAACAAUACCAGCUCAGGAGAAAAUUGUUAAUACAAGCCCAGCUGAGAUUGUGGUGAAAUGCUAUGGGUUAUGUACUGAGUCUUCGAAUUUUUCUGAACAGUCUAUUCCUAAUAAUGGUACACUAGUGGAAGUGAUGUGUGUAGGGAAGGUCCAUGCUGAUUCUAGUAGAGAUAAUAUGGCGGGUUUAAAUGCUCAUGUGGGGAAUUCAGGAAGUAAUCCCCCUAUUAAACGUGGUCGGGGUAGACCAGGGAAAGAACCUAAAGUUGCUUUAGGAGCUUCAAAAAAUAAGUUUGAGGUUCUUACCUCAAUUGAUCCUGAAAAUUUGCUGCCUGCUGAUGAUGGUAAGAAGCAGAGAGCAGCUUCUUUAGGAGUGUCUAAACUUGUUCAGGACUUAAAGUUGAAGAAAAAAGAACAACUUGAUAAAAGGAAAGUCAUUAAUUGGGCUACUAGCUGUCAUAUAAGCAUCCUCUGUCUGUUGGAAACUCGUGUUAAGGAAAUUAACUCUGCUGACAUUCUAAACCGGAGUUUUAGUGACUGGGACUCCUAUUGCAACUAUAAUCACGUAUUCAAUGGUCGUAUUUGGGUUCUUUGGCAUAAAUACCUGGCUUGUUCUGUCAUCCCUGCGUAUGAUCAGAGUGUUUCGAUUAAGGGCUCUUUUGAGGGACAGAGCUUUUGUGUCACUGCAGUGUAUGGAUUGAAUGACGGUAAUGCUCGGAGACACCUAUGGAACCAAUUAAUCUCCCUGGAUAUUGUCAACCUUCCAUGGCUGAUUGGGGGCGAUUUUAAUAUCAUUUUGAACCUUGAGGAGAGCUCGGGUAGCAUCAAUGCUUCUACUCUAGCUGAUAUCUCGGACUUUCAGAGAUGUGUGGAAAACUUGGGGGUUUUUGACCACCCGUUCACUGGUCCCUUACUUACCUGGUCAAACAAGCAGCAUGAUUUGUAUUUGGCUCGCAAGCUGGACCGAGUCCUGGUGAACUCUGCUUGGAUUGAUGCUUUUCCUGAAUCCGAUAUGGAGUUCCUCGCCCCGGGGGAUUCUGAGCACUGUCCUGCUGUAGUGUGGCUCCGGAAAACAGCCCCUGUGACUAGGCCUAAACCGUUUCGGUUCUUUAAUUUUUGGGCUCUGCACCCGGACUUUUUAGCCAUCGUUAGGGAUUCUUGGCAGGUUCCAGUGGAGGGUAAUCCUGCCCAAGUACUUUUUCAAAAGCUCAAACGGUUAAAAUAUCCUCUCAGAUAUCUCAACAAAAUCCACUUCAAUGACAUCUCCAAUCAGGUGAAACUGAAAAGAGAGGAGCUGAUGCGUAUUCAACUUGCAAAUCUUUCUGCUGGCAGUAUUGUCAACGAUGAAAUGCAAGCUGAGAGGGAGCUUCAUUCCCUUGAAGAAGCUGAGAUGCUUUUUUAA